CCUGCCUCCGCCCGGCCCUGCCUCCGCGCGUGCCCGUGGCGGGAAGGGGCCCAGAGGCGGGAGCCGGUCGCCGCCGCGCUGAGGGGAGCGGGGCCGCCAUGGAGCCGCUGGCGGGUGCCCCCGUGGCCGUCGCCGUGCUCGUGGUCGCUGCCUCGGCGCUGCUGAUGCUGCUGCUGCUCAGAGGGACGGGGCGCAGGGCGAGCGGCAUCGUCACCCUGCGGGACCCGCUCGCCAAGUACCCGCUGCGGCUGCUGGACAAGGAGGAAAUCAGUCACGAUACUAAGAAAUUCCGAUUUGGGCUGCCUUCACCAGAUCAUGUAUUAGGGUUACCUGUAGGCCAACAUGUUUAUCUUUCUGCAAAAAUCGAUGGUAAUCUGGUGAUUCGAGCCUAUACCCCCGUUUCCAGUGACGAGACAAAAGGUUAUGUUGAUUUAAUUAUAAAGGUGUACCACAAAAAUGUGAAUCCCAAGUUUCCAGAAGGUGGAAAGAUGUCCCAGUACCUAGACGAUAUGAAGAUUGGAGAUAUUAUUGAUUUCAGAGGGCCAAAUGGGCUCCUUGUCUAUAAGGGAGCAGGUACGCGACAUGAAGGUACUUUUCUUAUCAAGCCUCAUAAGAAGUCUGAAGCAGAGAAGAAGGUUGCAAAGCAUCUUGGGAUGAUAGCUGGAGGAACAGGAAUAACUCCUAUGUUGCAGCUGAUUCGUCGUAUCACAAAUGAUCCUAAGGACUCCACAAAAUGUUACCUUCUUUUUGCUAAUCAGACAGAAAAAGAUAUAUUACUGAGAGAUGAGCUCGAAGACAUUGCGAAGAGGCAUCCUGAUCAGUUCGUGCUUUGGUAUACACUGGACAGACCUCCACAAGAUUGGAAGUACAGUUCUGGCUUCAUCACUGCAGACAUGAUUAAAAACCACCUCCCUUCCCCGGGCAGCGAGACACUCAUUCUCAUGUGUGGGCCACCACCUAUGAUUCAGUUUGCAUGUCAGCCCAACCUGGACACACUCGGCUAUCCCAAGAGCAGUACAUUUUCUUACUGAUGCUGAUGUCAUCUGAUACCCUUUUAUACAGUACCUAGCACUGGUGCACUGACACUCCUGAUGCGAUCUUCAGUCAUCCCAAGAAGCAGAAAGCCAGAUGAAGAAGCAAAGAAGAUUUAAAACACCAGCAAAAUAAAGUUACAGAAGAGCAAAGAAGCAAGCUAAGCAUUUAAAGCAGAAACAAAAAAGAAAAGAAGCAGUUACGCUUGACGUGAAAGUGAAUACGCAUUGUUGUGCACAAGCCCCAAGAAUUCUGUACAGGUUGUUUUAAAUAGAUAGGGAAUGACUGUCUGUUUUUUUGUUCUGUUCUUGUGAACUAUUCUUUAACACAUAAAGGAUGUACUACAGAGCUCCACAAAGCCUGCAGAAUAUCCGAAAUGAAGCAGUGUCUAAGAUUAUAUCAGAUUCCUCUGAAAUACUGAACUGGUGGUGUAAUGAGUUUACUGCACAUGCAAGAAACAAACCAACCUGCAUAAAAAAUUCUGUUAAUUCAGUGUAUUUAGGGAGUCAUGGCUUGUUUCUAGAGAAAGAACAUUUUCCUUUACAAGACCACCCAUCCUUGGAUAAUCCUGCAGUUAAAGACAUAACAGUAUGGCUCACACAUUGCCUACAAUGUUGGAUCACAGAAAAACUCUAAAAACUCACAGCCUGUUGCAAUCUCGAAACUGCAGUACCCUAGCAGCUUUUAGGACCAUGUGACCUUAAAAUACGUAAAACCCCAACAAACAAAAAAAAUCCCACCAUGACUUUUAAAGUGUAGGAACACUUCAAAAUCACAAGGGAUACUCUUGUGUCUGAGCUCCAAGCUCUUCGGCCCUUGGCAAAUACCUGGUUCUGUGCCUCACUAACACUUUUUGCCAAUAAAUUCAUGCUUAAGAUGUCACUGAAAAGAAAUUAAUAUAGGCUUCCACAUACAGCUAUGGUUGCAGAAUAACAACAUAAUUGUAUUUUCAAAAUCCACUGAUGUUUUUCUGCACCUUCUAAGUUCAUUUUUGACUUGUGGGUCCCCCCAUCAGCUACAGCAACCAACAGUGCUGACACCAGGAUUUUUGCCUGAAAUAUACAUUUUAGUGCUAGUUACAUUGUAAAGUUUCACAUGCUAAAAUGCAGUGGGAUGGCAGGGACAAUGUUUGUUUAUUUAAUAUGCCAAUCUAGCAUGCAUUUUUUUGAAAGUACUGAUGAUACACUUGGCUGUGCAUUUUUGUUUGCUUGCUUGUUUUUAAGAAAACAGAUCAGCAAGCUCAAGGGAGGAUUGGAAGCAUUUAUUGAAAAAUUACUGCUUAUUCAUAUCAUCAAUACAUUUGCAUCUCUAAAAGUUUCCAUUUUUAGUUACAGAUUUGUUGAC